UCAUCUUCUACUCUGGAGUCUCUUGCAAGAGACAGACAAUGAAUGAAUACAAUUCAAAAAAAGGUGAGAGAGAGAGAGAGAGUGAAAAUAAUCAGAGAGAUCAUUAUUCAUUCACUCACUAUCUCCACAAGUUCCAAUCUCUGCAAUUUCUCUCAUUGCUUUCCUUUCUGUUUUCUCUCCAUCUUCACUGAUCAUAUUCAAUUUUCCUUUGAUUUCCAUUUUCUUUUAGAUCUACGAUACGCCUUUUUCAUCUAACGCAUACAUACAUACAUAGUAUACUCACUCAAUUUCAAUAUCCCAAUCCUCGAUUCUCGAGCAUACCAUUUACCCUAUUCAAUCCAUUUUCCUUCUAUUAGAGAGUUUUCGCGUUUCCUUUUUUGCUUGUAUUGGAUUACAACUUCAGAAAGUUAGAAUCCGAGGCAAAUUCGUAAUUGCUCUAGUCUAUCGGCUAUAAACACCCAAAAGAAGAACUGGGUGUUGUUUGGGAGCUCCAUUUGAACCCAACAGUAUCUUUGUAAAGAUUGAAAAGAAAGAGGGAAGAAUUGGGUCCUUUUAGGGGAGGCUACAUUUUUUUACUUUUUUUUUUGGGUUCUCGCUGGGUUUGAUAAAGUGUUGGCUUUAUAGCAUGCGAGUUGUUUUUGUUAAAGGGGGGAGCGUCAAAGGGAAAGAGAGCGAGAGAUAGGGAUAGUGAAGGACAGGGGAUAAUAGUAAGUGAGUGAGUGAAUAAAAAAUGCAAGAAACAAAGAAGAAGAACAAUGGUGGUAAUGAAGAUUCCAAGAAGAAGGAAAGACAUAUAGUUACCUGGACUCAACAGGAGGAUGAUAUUCUCCGGCAGCAAAUUAGCUUACAUGGAACUGAAAAUUGGGCGAUCAUUGCAUCUAAGUUCAAGGACAAAACAACAAGACAAUGUAGACGAAGAUGGUACACAUAUUUGAAUUCUGAUUUCAAGAAGGGGGGAUGGUCACCAGAGGAAGACAUGCUCUUGUGCGAGGCCCAGAAAAUAUUUGGUAACAGAUGGACGGAAAUUGCAAAAGUUGUUUCUGGCAGAACGGAUAAUGCUGUGAAGAAUCGUUUCUCCACUCUCUGCAAAAAGAGAGCUAAAUAUGAGGCUUUAGCAAAAGAGAAUAAAAACACAUUUAUCAACUCCAACAACAAAAGAAUCCUUUUCCAUAAUGGGUUCAAUGCAGAUGGAACAACAGAAAAUGCAACACCUGCUAAGAAAACGAGGAGGUCACACAUCUCUGCUCAUUCAGAAUAUUGCAAAUUGGCAGACAGAUCACAUCCGCAAUGUGGUAAUCAGCAGUCUAGGCCUCCAUUUGCUGUGUUGGCACAAAAUUUACAUAAUGUUAAUGUGGCUGGUCAGCAUCAAGCCAAGGAGGUCUCUGGUGAUGCAUCUCAAGACAGUAAGACUCAAGGAACAUUUCUCAGAAAGGAUGAUCCAAAGAUAGCUGUCCUGAUGCAACAGGCAGAACUUCUCAGUUCACUUGCAUUGAAAGUUAAUGCAGAGAAUACAGAGCAGAGUCUAGAAAAUGCAUGGAAGGUCCUUCAAGACUUCCUGAAUCAGAAAGAAAAUGAUAUCCUCAGAUAUAGAUUCACUGACAUGGAUUUUCGACUUGAAGACUUUAAAGACUUGAUAGAGGAUUUAAGGAGUAGUAAUGAUGGAAGUCGACCAUCUUGGAGGCAGCCUGAUCUAUACGAGGAGUCUCCAGCCAGCUCUGAAUACAGUACAGGAUCAACUCUAAUGCCUUAUACAGCCACUGAUAAAACAGAAAAAACUCCAGUUGAGAUUGGUGCACUGCAUGAGGACAUUCCAAAUGAAUUACAAUCAGUUCAUGUGAAAGAGCAAAGUGAUAUAGAUGAAUGUGAGAAAGAAUCUAUUUCCUGUGCAAACAUGAGUCAAGGGGAGAUAUUUUCAUCUUUUGAUGAGCAAGCCAACAAUGAUAUAGUUGUUUCUGCCUCAUCAAGUACAGAGUUCAGUUCACCCCUUCAAGUUACCCCACUGUUCAGAUCCUUGGCGGCAGGGAUUCCCAGCCCAAAAUUUUCAGAAAGUGAAAGGAACUUCCUACUAAAGACACUUGGAGUGGAGUCUCCAUGCCCCAAUCCAAGCAUCAACCCUUCUCAACCUCCCCUUUGCAGAAGAGCCCUCCUCCAAAGUCUAUAACAAAGCUCUCUGAGCCAUCUCACAUACAGAAAAUGGUCUAGCCCUUUCUUUGUUAAGUUUUCUUCCCUGUUUUAAGGUAAGUUUCCUAGGAUUGCAGCCAUCAUGGCCUGAAGUUUUAUUAGGAGGCAUAGAAGAUCUGCAUUCCAAGACUCCUUGGCUAGAAUGCAACGGUGCAUUCUAGCAUCUCAGAUACAUCUAAUGACAUGAUCUGAGUCAUUUUUCUUUUUCCUUACUAGAAGAGUACGACCCUAAUUCUCACAUAUAAACCUGUGUGCUUGUUAAUGUGUGUCAUUCUUUUGUUUGUCUUGAUUUGGUUUCGGGUGUUCCACCUUCCGAUCCAGUUUUUGGCCUUCGAUUCAUCAUCUGUACAGAACCUAUUAUAUAAUUUAGUAGUCAGAAUGUAAUUAUACCAUGGCAUCUCGCCUAUAUAUAAUUAAAGAAGCAGAGGACAAAAAACAAGAGGUUAAAGGAGAUUAACCAGCUGAUUGGAUUCCUUUUUAUUGUUUUUGAGUGUGCAUAGGGUAUAGACUAUAGAAUAAGUUUUCCCCCUUUUCCUUUUCAGAUUUCUAAUGUAAUAGAACUUCAUGUGAUUGGAAUGAAAAAUGUGUUCUGGUUUUGGUGUGCA